AAACUCGACUUAAAAUAUAUUCUUAGACUAUGUAUCGAUUUAUCGAUAGACCUUUUUGUUUUCAUUGGUUUAAAUCGUUCGACUGAAUCAUGGCUACAUGAUAGAGAUUUAAUUAAAACAGAGUGCUUAUUAAUAUUUACACCAAACUGACUAUCUAUUUAUUCACAAUGUUUACUUCAGUUAUUGACUAAUAUGUCAAAUAAAUAAUCAUAUGAAAGUUGUGUAUAUACAUUUGUCAGAUCUGUGUUCAGAUUUUCUUAAUAUUAUUGUAAUUAUUAACUAUUAAUCGAAAUGACAUCAAAACCUGAAAUUACUUUGGAACACUUUUAUAUCUUCAAUGGCACAUAUGCAAAAAAAGAAGGCGAAUGUUUUCAUAUUCAUGUAGGAGGAGAAAAAAAUACUUUAUUAUUACCCAGAAAAAGAAUUAGAUGUACAAAUUAAAAAUAUAGGUCUUAGUGAAGCAAUUAUUAAAUUCACGGAAUCUUUUAAUCCUGGACAACCUUGUGAUUAUUGUCAUACACAUAAAACUCGUCAAAUUUACUAUCAACCAGAACCAGAUUUUUGGAUGGUAAUGAUUGUUGGUAUACCAUACAUCUGUAGAGAAAAGGAUGGUAACAAAUAUAUGGAAUAUCAAAAUGAUGAAGUCUCGAGUAGUGUUUGUCAAGCUAUAUUAAAACAAACUUAUGUUAUGUUUCGAUUAUUUAUGGGUUCCUUUGAAACGAUAAUUAAUGAUCCUGAUUGUGGUUCCAUAACUCUAUUAAAACAUAAACUUGAGCAUUUCUUUUCAAGAUACCUGCUAUCAUUAAAAUUAAAUAACAGUGAUAUUUUGGAUGUUUUUCAAGGUUUGCAAUUUUUACCUCUUGACAAAAUCACAUUUUUACAAGUACAAUGUUUUAUGAAUCUUGUAGAAGCAAUGUUUUCUCAAGUCAAAUAUACAGCAUUUCUUUACAAUGAUCAGGUUGUAUGGAGUGGAUUAGAACCAGAAGAUAUGCAAGUAGUAUAUAAUUAUUUAGUAAGCACAUUAUUACCAGCUCAUCUUGAAAAAGAAUUACACGGAGGAUCAAUGCCUCGAAAUUCUCCAUCACCAUUCACGAGUUCCCAUUAUGGAAAGUUUAUUAUUGGACCUUCCAGUAUCAAUGAACCAAGUUUAAUAGGAAAAUCUCCCACAGUUUUCAUUAAUUAUUCAACCAAACCUGUAUCUUUAUAUUUAGUUGUGUAUCGUGCGUUAAGUGCUACAAUAUGUCUCUUUGUUGAUAGUAAAACAAAUUUGUUAAUAGACUUUUUUAAGAGUUUAGAUAGUUUUCUUGGCCCACAAUUAACUACAUUAGUUAGUUGUGUGGCUGAACAAUGUGCAAAACAUGUUAUAGUGACACCAGAAUCAUCUACAAAAUAUUUAUAUUUUAAUAAACUUAAUCUUGCUUACAAAAGUACAAUACAUUUAGAUAAUAGAAGGUGUUCUAAUGUAUUAACUACUCCUGAAGUAUUAAGGAUCAUUACUGAUAUAUAUAACGAUACUAAUAGGUUAAAAGAAGCUGGUGAGAUCAUUAUUAAAACUAUAAGUGAUUAUUGGGUUAUUGGAAAAUUAUCGAAUUUGAGAGAAUUUUUUGUUGUAAUACAGCAAAAGAGUGCCAGUAUUCUAGAGAUCGACGAUGAAGUAAAAAGACUCUGUGACAAACAAUUAAAAAGUAUAUUUUUCCACUGAAUAAAUCUCCAGUGUUCAAAAAAUUUAGAAAAUGUAUAUUUUAACAAAUAAUAUUCAUUUUUGUUUGUAGUUGUAAUUUGAUAAACAAAGAUACUUUUAAUUAUGUAUCAAUAAUACAUUUUUUGAGAACUGAUCUUUUAAUUGCAAUUUUAUAAACAAGUUGUAUAAUUUAUUUCUUCAAUGUUAUGUAAAAUAUAUAUAAUAUAUCCAUAUAUA